CACGGUUCUCAUGAUGUGUUUAAGUGCAGUCCGCUGCUUUGAGCGCUUCAUCAGUCUCAAACUCUCGAGUCUUUGACGAUACAAACUCACAACAGCGGGACAAAAUGGCAGAAGAAGCUCCAGCACCAGCCGCCGCCGCGCCCAAAGCAGCCAAGAAGAAGGUUUCCAAGCCCAAGAAAGUCGGUCCCAGCGUCUCUGACCUCAUCGUGAAAACUGUGGCCGCAUCCAAGGAGCGGAGCGGUGUGUCUGCUGCCGCCGUCAAGAAGGCUCUGACCGCCGGAGGAUACGAUGUGGACAAGAACAAGGCUCGCGUCAAGACCGCCAUCAAGAGCCUGGUGGCCAAAGGGACUCUGGUCCAGAUCAAGGGGAUCGGGGCCUCUGGCUCCUUCAAGAUGAGCAAGACGACCGCCGACAAACCGGCAAAGAAAGCCGCUCCUAAAGCCAAGAAGCCCGCAGCGAAGAAACCCGUAGCGGCCAAAAAGCCCAAAGCAGCAGCAGUGAAGAAAGUUGUAGCCGCUAAGAAGUCACCGAAGAAGGCCACGAAACCCGCAGCGGCCAAGAAGGUGGCCAAGAGCCCCAAGAAGGUGGCCAAGAGCCCCAAGAAGGUGGCAAAGACCCUCAAGAAGGUGGCCAAGAGCCCCAAGAAGGUGGUGAAAAAGGCCCCUGCAGCCAAGAAAGCCCCUGUGAAGAAGGCUGCAAAGCCCAAGGCCAAGAAAACAGCACCCAAGAAGAAGUGAGCUGAGAUCAGUCUGAAGAACCAACACCUCUAAAAAAAGGCUCUUUUAAGAGCCACACAUUUCAUCCUUAAAGAGUUUUUCCUUUUUAUUUCUAUUUUUUCAAAACGAUUGAGUAAGUAAUAAGUUGAGUGAUGCAGCCUUUAAUUUUAUGGGAGAAUUAACUGCUUCCCGACAGAUUUACUGCAUGAACACUAAUGUGGUCAAAUAUUUUUUGAUUUACUGUAAUUUAUUGAAUUCUAAAAUUGCAAGUUAAUGUUAAUCGCAGGUGCUGGGAAAUGAAGAGAAAAACGUAACCUCGUUACAUCCAUAAUUUUGAUUAUGAGCCAGCAUGAUCAUGAUCACCCGCAAACACAAGAAUCAAAAUAUUGCUCAGUCAAUUGUUAGGCCUACCCGUCACCAGUACUAAAAUAUUUUAAUUCAACAAAACAUGAAUAAUGCUCCACAUUCUAAAUUGAGAAAUGAUCAAUUCACGUAAUUACUGUUCCAUUUUUAUAAAUGUUAGAAACCCAUAAAAAAUGGAC